CAACUAUUGUGUUUAAUGGUGAAAUAUAAUGUCAAAUCAGAGAUCAAUUUCCUGUGGUCUUGAUUUCUGUGCUGUACCAGACCUUAAUAACUGUAUUUUUACAGCAAAUUCAUCAAAAUAUGAGUUUGUAUUUGUACCACUUAUUCAUCCCUUGUAUAAGAGAGAAUUUGUAUCUGGUGCUGCAAAAUCACGCAAUGGACCAUUUACCAGACCAGACCUAGUGUUGUGCAGCUCUGAUUGGAAUAAUUUAAUUAUCGGUAAACUAUCUUCUCAUAUUAAAGUUGAUUCAAGAAAUUUCUUUAUAAAGAAAAACAGUGAAGAGGCUUUGAAUCAAGAGUUUGCUUUAGCAAGACAUUUAGGUCUUGUAGGAGUCACUUUCAGAUUGAUGGGUGGAAUAGAACAGAAUGGGAAUCUUGCUAGAAUUGUUUCUGAUAAAGUAACAAGCACAUGUACAUUGCAGGUUUGGAUACAAAUACCUAUGGAAAAUCCAGUUAAACAAGCUUAUUCUUACAGAGAACAGGAGUGUAGUUCAGUAGAAAGCACAUGGGAAUGGUGGAAUGCCUUUAGAAUAAUAUGUGAUUAUGACCGAAAGGUGGGCAUUGCAUUAAUUGUAAGCCAUGAUCUCCCCGAACAAGAAGAGAUUGAUAGGUGGCUAGGUGAACCAGUAAGAUGCUUGAUUUUUCCUACAACAAUAUUUAUCACGAACAAAAAGGGAUACCCUGUUUUAAGCAAAGCGCAUCAAACAUUGGUGAAGAGAUUUUCAAUGUUAGAAGUACAGUUUGUACUCACAGGAGCGAAUCGGCAUCAAAAUAUUGGUUAUUAUCACAAUUACUUGGAGUACUUAUGGAAGGGUUGUCAGAUAAAUGGACCGGUUGAAAGAUUUGCUCGUGGCUAUGAAGAUUAUUUGCAAUGUCCUUUACAACCACUCAUGGACAAUCUUGAAUCUCAAACGUACGAAAUAUUUGAGAAAGAUCCUGUUAAAUAUACGCAAUACCAAACAGCCAUCUAUCAAGCAAUUCUUGGAAUUGCAUCCAAGACAGAGGAGGAUAAAAAUAGAAAAAUAGUUAUAAUGGUAGUUGGUGCUGGAAGAGGGCCACUAGUUUAUGCGUCUUUAAAUGCAGCAGAAAUGGCAAGGCAGAACAUCAAAGUAUACGCCGUAGAAAAGAAUCCUAAUGCAGUAUUAACCUUACAGGCACUUGAGAGAGACGUGUGGGGAGAGAAAGUAACAGUAGUAUCAUGUGAUAUGAGAGAAUGGGAUGCUCCUGAAAAAGCUGAUAUUCUAGUGUCUGAAUUACUUGGUUCUUUCAGUGAUAACGAACUCUCUCCUGAAUGUUUGGAUGGAGUCCAGAAAUUUUUAAAAGAUGAUGGCAUAAGCAUACCAUCCUCGUACACGUCAUACAUUGCUCCUGUUCAAUCUUCGAAACUGUACAAUGAAGUAAGGCAAUGUAAAGACAAAGAAAAACAUUCCUUGGCUCAUUUUGAAACGUCGUAUGUUGUUCACCUACAAAAUAAAUACGAUAUCGCGAAACCACAACCAUUAUUUACAUUCAAACAUCCAAAUAAAGGAAUUGUCAUUGACAAUUCAAGAUAUGAGAUCAAGACAUUCGAAGUACAACAGAAUUGUGUAUUACAUGGUUUUUCUGGAUAUUUUGAUACAGUUUUAUACAAAGAUGUUACAUUGAGUAUAGAACCCAGCACCCAUAGUCCCGGAAUGUUCAGUUGGUUUCCUAUAUUUUUCCCAAUUAGGGAACCAGUCCAGUUGAAAGCGGGUGAUGAAAUAGUUGUUCACUUUUGGCGUCAAUGUAGCACUAAGAAUGUCUGGUACGAAUGGUGUAUCAGCAAGCCUAUUCCAGUAGCCAUUCAUAAUCCUGGAGGUCGUUCUUAUACUAUAGGUUUAUAAUUUAAUAUAUUUUUUAUUCAGCCAUUUAAAGAUUGAAUUAAAAUAUAUUUGUAAUAGACUUCCGACAAGAAUUCCAUUGAAAAUUCCUUACAACAGAAAAGUCUUAUGUACUAAUAUUUUGUGUA